AUGUUGUCAACGAUGCGUUCGGCGUUGAGGCCUGUGUCGGCGCUCAAGACCUUGAGCAAUGUCUCCGUGCGUAGCGUCUCUGCCGCCGCCGAGAAGAAGGAGCGCAAACCGGUGGAGACCUCUUCUUUCGCCAUGAACAUCUUCCGCGGCAAGGCCCAGCUCGAGAAUGUCUUCCCCUACCCGCUCAACUUGAACGAGGAUCAGAAAGAAACCCUCAACAUGAUCGUCGAGCCGACAGAGAAGUUCCUGUCGGAAGUCAACAACUUGCUCAAAAACGACGCUGAAGCCUCACAAUCGCCAGAAAUUCUGCGUCAAUUCGGCGAGCUCGGCGCUUUUGGAGCCCUGGUUCCGGCCGAAUAUGAGGGAGCCGGCCUGAACAAUUCGCAGAUGGCCCGCUUGGCCGAAAUCGUUGGAGCCCAUGAUUUGGGACUAGGAGUGACGAUGGGUGCUCAUCAGUCGAUCGGCUACAAGGGUAUCCUGCUCUAUGGUGACGAGAAGAUGAAGCAGAAAUACUUGCCCGAUCUGGCCACUGGCCGCAAGUUUGCCGCUUUUUGCUUGACGGAGCCGGGGUCAGGAUCUGAUGCUAGCUCUAUUACUUCGACCCUCAAGAAAAGCGAUGACGGGAAGCAUCUCAUUCUCAACGCCAGCAAGAUCUACAUCUCCAACGGCGGUUUUGCCGAGGUUUUCACCGUUUUUGCCCAGCAACCGAUAAAGCAAGCUGACGGCACGACGAAGAACAAGAUGACGGCUGUCGUUGUCGAGAAGGCUUUCGGCGGUGUUUCCGCUGGGGCCCCGGAGAAGAAGAUGGGCAUCAAGGGCAGCAACACUGUCGCAAUGAACUUCGACAAUGUCAAGAUCCCGAUCGAGAAUGUUCUCGGUGGUGAGGGCGAAGGCUUCAAGGUGGCCAUGAACAUCCUCAACAACGGGCGUUUCGGAAUUCCGGCCUCGAUGACCGGAACGAUGAAGUACGUCAUCCAAAAGACGAUUGACCAGGUCACCCAGCGCGUCCAGUUCGGCAAGAAGCUCGAGGAAUACGGAAAUGUCCAAGAGAAGCUCUCCCAAAUGAUCGUCAAGCACUACGCGUCCGAGUCGAUCGUCUACAUGCUGGCCGCCACGAUGGACGCCGGCGUCAAGGAUUAUCAGCUCGAGGCUGCUUGUGGAAAGAUCUUCACCUCGGAAGCCGCUUGGUGGUGCACGGACGAGGCUAUCCAACUUCACGGUGGAUCCGGCUUCAUCCGCGAGACCGGCCUCGAAGUCUUCUUGCGCGAUCUUCGAAUUUUCCGCAUUUUCGAGGGAGCAAAUGAUGUUCUGCGCCUUUUCGUCGCCCUCACCGGAAUUCAGCACGCCGGUCUCCAUCUGCAACAAACGGCCCAGGAGAUCAAGGCUGGCGGUAUCGGCACGUUGUUCGGCGAGAUCACGAAGCGUGUGACUGGUGGAAACACUGGUGGUGACUUCUCCGCCGCCGUCCAUAAGAACUUCUCCACCGAGGCCGGCGCUCUCGACUCGGCCAUCAAGGAUUUCGGGUCGACCGUCGAGAAGUUGUUGAUCCAGCACAAGAAGGGCAUCAUUGACCGGCAGUUCGAGCUUAUCCGUGUCGCCGACGCCGCCAUCGACAUUGUCGCCCUGGCGUGCGUGCUGUCGAGGGCCACUUUCUCCGCGCAACACGGAUCCCCGUCACUGGAGCACGAGAAGGACAUCGUGCAGCUGUUCACCAAGCAGGCCCUCAACCGCAUCACCGACAACCUGAAGGUGGCCCGUGAGGGAGGCUCCGGCGAGGUGAACCUGAUCACGAAGAUCGCCCGGGAUGUGUGCAAGAACGGCAGUCUCCCCUUAACCACCCGACCCAGUUGUAAAUACUACUGUUGUUGUCUCUCAUUGAGCCCCUCCCCUAGCCUCUACUUG